CACCACCAGUUGGUCUAGGGUCUUGCUUCAGCUUCAGCAAGUGAACAAGAUCAUCGACCCAUUGAGCGAUCCCCCUAUUUGUCGACGACCUUGUCCAUCUGUCACGCUCGUAAUCUUCGCGGACGACAUUUAAAUCACUCGGUACAUACUCCCGACUCACACAGCAUCCUAUUCGGCAGAACGACGGACUCUGGUAACUUGGGCGAAUGUAGGUAAGAACUUGUAGAGUGAGCACUACGCGGCCAAUAGGCUUUGCUUUACCGAGAUGGACAUUCUCUCCUAUGAUGAUCUUGGAGCUUGGGAAGACCUGGAUGCUGUCUCCGUGGUUGGAGAAGAGGUAGUGUGUGAUCCCAGGACAAUCGACCCUAGACCUACUCCGCCAGACAUUGCUGAUAUUGACAAGUCAAUCCAAGGGCUUGAAGCGGAACUGACACGACUCAAGCUCAGGCGGUCGCAUCUACUCGCCGAGCGAGCUCUCGUCGGGCGACUACCCUCGGAAUUACUUUCCCGCAUUUUUGAACUCGGCGUUCACGAGCAUGUGAAAAUGCUGCAUGCUAUAUCGCUAGUUUCGCGUCACUGGAACAACGUCGCACUUGCGACGCCGUCACUGUGGACGUACAUUGUCCUGGAUCCCGAAUGGGGCAUCGACCGAUUGCCGGCUUUUAUGCGGAAGCUGCGCGUCUGUCUGGAGCGCUCACAGGCGUGCAAGCUACUGGUCGACAUUGACAUCGGCUACAUGGAUGCGGAGGACGUGCAGGAUAUUAUGGUCGUGCUCAAGCCGCAUCUGGUGCGGUGCUUUGACUUCCGCCUAUCUGCACAGUCCUGGGACACAAUGUCGCCCAUCCGCGUACACAUCACUACCCUAGGACCGGCCUUGGAACGACUAAGUCUCCGUAUUCACGCAUCAGAGAUACACGACGAAACGCCGUACUGCUCGCUUCUCGUUGAGCCAUGCCCGCUGCUUAGGAGCAUAACACUCGAACACCUCCCUCUUGUAUGCGUGGGCGUAGACGUGCCCAAGCUACGCACUCUAUGCCUAAUGCGCGACCGGCAGGUCCGACGAACCACAUACCGCCGCUUCGGCAUCGCAUUCAGAGAGUUGCUCUCACUUAUGAGUACCACAGUCGCACUGCAGAACCUCCGGCUGCAGUCGGUCGCGCUGCAACUUGAUGGCAACGAGGACAUCUUCCAGAGCACACCACCGGUGACGGUCGUCUCGUCAUUGCGCUCGCUCUCCUUCCACCACGUAGACGCCGCCAACGUCUCGCUCUUCUUCGAGUCAGCAGCACUUCCUGCGCUUGAACGUCUCACCGUGUGCAUGGAGCCCAAUGCGGAAGAGAACAUGCACUGGCUGUCCCGUCUCUCUGUCUCUGCGCCGGCGCGCCUACCUGCCCUGUGUCGCCUCGAGCUCCGCGCGUGCAAUAUCGAGGGCGCGGCGCUUGUCCCCUUCGUACGCGCACUGCAUCAGCUUCCACAGCUGAGGGCACUAUCGCUGUCGUCACCCCGCAUGGGCUUUGUGGGUACGCAGAUAUUCGAGCUACUCGGAACCCCACCGACACCGCCCAGUGUGUGGUUACUGCCCCGGCUAGAAGCACUGUCUGUUCACCAGUGCAUGGACGUCUCUGGGCACGAGAUGCUCCGCCUCGUCCGGGCGCGCAUUGAUAGCCCGUCUCUCGAAGCAGAGCACAUACGGUAUCUGAAGAUUUCACAAUGCGAGUCGUUCGACCCAGACGCCCACGAACUGUUGAAAUCGCUCGUGCCGGUUGUGCGGAUCUCAUGA